CAGGAGAGGCUUUGCAAUGUCAGAACUUAAGGUUUAUCUCUACUACACCGGUGGAACUAUUGGCAUGGGAUCUUCUGAGAGUGAGAGUCCUGCCAAAUUGGAAGCUUUUAUUAAACAGCUGAAACUCUAUCCUCAGCUACACGCAAAGUCUGAUGACGAAGGUUGGAUUUAUCUCCCGUCAAGUUCAGCAAGAGGAUUCCCUGAGCCUCAACGAGCCUUAAAGUACAUGAUUGAUGGCACAAAGGAUCCAAUUGAAUCCUGCAACAUGAAACCUCAAGACUGGCAGGAUUUGGCCAGAACAAUAUAUGAUUGCUAUGAUGAUUAUGAUGGCUUUGUUAUCCUCCAUGGAACAGACACCAUGGCAUUCACAUCCUCUGCGUUAUCCUUCUUGCUUCAAGGAUUGAAGAAUCCAGUUAUCGUUACAGGAUCUAAGAUACCACUCUUUCACUGCAGAAAUGAUGCAGUUGGCCACAUCCUCGGAUCUCUGUUGAUCGCAGGCUACCUGUCCCAUGUUGCCAGUAUCCAGCAGGUUUGCGUGUUUUUCAACUCUGAGCUCUUCCAGGGAAACCGUGUAGUUAAACAGAGUUCUGAAGAUAUGGAUGCUUUUGGCUCACCCAAUAACCUCCCUCUGUUGGAACUGAAUGUGCAGGUGAAAGUAAACAAGGAUACGAAGAAGGCAAAUGAGGGUGACUUGCAGAUUUUCACCUUGAAUCGCACACCGGACGUAGGAAUUCUCCAGCUCUUUCCUGGAAUUAAUGAAAGAUAUCAGGUUGCAAGAUCCUUGGAAGGAGCUGAAGCAGUGAUCCUACUAACCUACGGCCUUGGUAACGUUCCUGAUGACGACUGGUUCUUCAAACUACUGCACAAAGCCGUGACCGCUGGGGCUUUGAUUGUUAGCAGCACCCAGUGCUAUCGAGGUGCUGUGUGUGAAGUUUCCCAGAAGCUGGCCACAGCCGGAGUCAUCCUCGGACAUGACAUAACAAGGGAAGCAGCCAUUGCCAAGCUGGUGUGGGUCCUGAAUCAAUCAGAGGACAGUGGACAGAGACGAGAGCUGAUGAAACAGAACAUCUGUGGGGAAAUCACAGUCCAUCUGUAGGUUUGAAAGCUGCCACAGGGUCAUCACUUUGACCAGAACCGUAAAGCUUUGUAUAUAAUACACUUUGUAUUCCACCGGCCAACAAAUUUUUUCAGAAGUGUUGCUUUCUCAGAAUUUUUGUUUGUUUAUGAUAGACCACUUGAAGCUGAACACAAAUGUAAUUUCAGACUACUUGUCUCACAUAGGAAUUUAGGGAAACAAGAAAUUAAUUAUUGAUUAUAUUGCAUUCAUUUGCAUAAUGGUGCUGAUGCUUUGCAAUAGUUCAACUAAGCUAAAAAUGUUUUGUUGAUGAUUUUCAUUUGUACUCACUGUUUGAGGCUUCUUGCUGAAACAUCCGACAAUAAUCAGCCAGCAUUGAUGGAUCCCUGAUACCAUUUCUCCAUGACCACAAUGUCCUGGUGAAACCUUUCACCGUGCUUCUCACUGACAGCACCAAGAUUUGCAGGGAACCAGUCUAAAUGGGAAAGCAAAAAUGAAUCUUUAGUGACAUGUUGCACUUUAUGCUUGUUUUGUAUACUUGAAGCAUGUUGUCAACCAGUUGCACAUAGCUUGAUGCUCCGUAGUUGCCGAAAUAUUUAUAACAACAUCCUUGAAUGCCUUCCAUGCAAUUUUUCUCUGGUCCCACUCGAAGUUCUUCGAAUGGCCUGUCAUUGAUGACCCAUUUGAUUUAUGGACCAGCAAAAACACCUUCCUUAAUCUUGGCAUCAGUUAUUCUGACUUGAAUUAUGACUUGAAAUAACUAAUAAAGGGUGAUUUCAAAACAAUGUUGCAUGAUGGGGAAAUUUCAUGGCGAUCUUCACGAUCAGCAGCGAAAAAUCCAUAAGAUACAACCGAAGUAUUCAGAAAGUAAAAUCUUUGUUGUCCAGUGUUUUUUCCCUGCCUCUUUUCCCUCUGAAGGCAUCGAGCUGGCCAAGGACACUGUAGGUGUGCUGUGCCUCUAAUCUUAGCAGGGCUCAGAGUGACCUUUCUUCCCCAGUGCAUGAACAAUUCUGCCCUGCCUGAGUUCUCCUCCCUCCCUCUCUUAUACUUCUUAAGUAAAGAUAACCCUAAAAGUUUUGAAGCGAUUGGACCUACAUUUCAUGUGACUGGAUUAAACUUAAGUACAUUCACUGUAAGUAAAUACAAAUUGGUGGAUGAACUUAGCAGGUCAGGCAGCAUCUGUGGAAGGAAAUCAACAUUUCAGAUACAGAUGAAGGGUCUCGUACUGAAAAGCUGAUUGACCAGCAGCUCACUAUUUUGUUCCAGAUUCCAGCAACUGCAGUUUCUUCAAAAUUCAAAACGAAUUUAUUGGACUAAGUAUGUAGACCAUAUACAACCUUGAGAUCCAUCCUCUUACAGGCAACUACAAAGCAAAGAAGAGCAAUAGAAUUCAUGAAAAACCACACAAAAACACACACACACACACACACACACACAACACUUGUGUCUCCAUUUACCAAAAAAUAAGUAACUCAACAGUAAGACCUUUUAGAUCAAAGCUAAAUAAGAAUCUCGGCAUUGGAAUGAGCUAGUUGGGCCAAGGAGCCUGGUUCCAUUCUGACUAUCUCUGUAACUAAAGUUCAAAGCAGAUGUUAUUAUUAAAGUAUGUGCAUGUCACCAUACACAACCAUGAGGUUAAUUUUCUUGUGGGCAUCCUCAAAAAAUCAAUAGAAUAUUAAACAUAACAGAACGAAUCAAUGAAAGAAGCCCAGACUGGGGCAUUCAGCCGGAGUGCAGAAGACAGCAAACUGCAACCACAAAAAGAAGUAACAAUAAUUAAUAAUAAAUAAAUAAAUAUCAAGAACAUAAGAUGAAGAGUCCUUGAAAGUGAGUCCUUUGGUUGUGGGAACGUUUCAGUAAUGGGCCAAGUGAAGUUGAUUGAAGUUAUCUUCUUUGGUUCAGGAGCCUGAUAGUUGGGGGUAACAAGCUGUUUCUGAACUUGGUGGCAUGAGUCCUGAGGCUCUUGUAACUCCUCCUGAUGACAGCAGUGAGAAGAGAGCAUGUUCUGGGUGGUGGGAUUUCCUAAUAAUGGAUUGGACCCUCCCCCCACCUUUUUUAUAGGGCCUCUGCCUCUUCCCCCUACA